AUGCAAAAUCAAGAUGCAGCCAUCAGUAAGCUUGAGACACAGAUCAACUACUUAUUCAAGCAAGUUCCCAGCCAUAACAUUUGUAACAACACUAGUGUAAACUCAAGGGAGGAGUGUCAAGCUAUUACCCUCAGAAGUGGAGAGGCAUUGAAAGAGACCUCCAAGGAACCACAAGAGAAGGACACGGAUGGAGAGGGAAUAGGGCAAAAAGAAAUUCAAGCUCCUGCUCCUAACUCACAUCAAGAAGAAGAAGUACUGAAGCCAUAUGCUCCAAAAGCCCUGUACCCUCAGCGAUUGAAGAAGAGUGAGGAUGAUGACCAAUUCUUACGAUUCUUAGAAAUUUUUAAAAGACUACAUAUUAACAUACCCUUCGCUGAAGCAAUAGAGAAAAUGCUGCUCUAUGCUAAGUUCUUGAAGGAAUUAAUGACCAAGAAGAGAAGCUGGAGGAACAAAGAGACUGUGGUACUAACCGAGGAAUGUAGUGCCAUCAUUCAGCACAAGUUACCCCAAAAAUUGAAGGACCCUGGGAGCUUCCAAAUCCCUUGUAUUAUAGGGAAAAUCACAAUGGAAAAGGUUUUGUGUGAUUUGGGAGCCAGUAUAAAUAUGAUGUCUUUAGCAAUGAUGAGAAGAAUGAGGAUUGAGGAGGCCAAAUGA